AAUACGCACAUAUCUCUAGCAGCAAGUCGCCUUUUCGGCUGUUCAAAGGAAUUGAUUGAAAGUGAAACUUGACUAAGUUAAAUAUGACGGAAUUGCUUCUCGAUCCAGAUAUACGCGUUUGGGUAUUUCUGCCCAUUGUGCUUAUCACAUUUCUUGUGGGCAUCGUGCGCCACUACGUCUCCAUUUUGAUAACCACACAGAAGAAGGCAGAGAUGACCCAAAUCAUUGACAGCCAAGCCAUGAUUCGUGCCCGUUUGUUGCGCGAGAAUGGCAAAUAUCUGAUUGGCCAGUCCUUCUACAUGCGCAAGAACUUCUUCAACAACGAAGAGACGGGCUAUUUCAAGACACAGAAACGUGCUCCAGUCGCACAAAACUCAUCCGCCAUGCUGACGGACAUGGUUAAGGGUAAUUUCAUUAACGUUUUGCCCAUGGUCGUUAUUGGUGGCUGGAUCAAUUGGAUGUUCUCUGGUUUCGUUACCACCAAAGUUCCAUUUCCACUCACCCUGCGCUUCAAGCCGAUGCUGCAGCGCGGCGUGGAACUGGCCUCGUUGGACGCCGCCUGGGUAUCGUCGGCAUCAUGGUAUUUCCUCAAUGUCUUUGGCUUGCGCUCCAUUUACACCCUGGUGCUGGGCGAGAACAAUCAUGCGGAUCAGACGCAAGCCCAGGCGGAUGCAAUGACGGGCGCCGCGAUGACAAUGCCCCAGGAUCCCAAGGCGGCAUUCAAGGCCGAAUGGGAGGCCUUGGAGAUCACUGACCAUCAGAAUACGUUGCAGCACAUCGAUGCGGACAUGAUGAACAUAGCCAGCGAAGCGAACGCAUGAUACCUUAGUUCUUAAUCUUCAGGCACAUAUUUAUUAAAUGAACUUUUAUUUUAUAUAAAUA